AUGGCCAAGAAGAAACGAUCGCGCGAGUCGCGCAAACAGGAGUCUAAGAGUGACGGCGAUGCGUCCAAGUCGACAUAUAUCAAGCAAGAGCCGACACCAAAUGGCAAGUCUGAAGAGGGAGAGAAUUCCAAGGUUGCCAAGAAUGCCCCAGCCAAACCCAAGAAGGGCAAGAAGAAGUCUCAUGAAAAGCUACCCGCGCUACUUCAGGAAGUCGACAAUCGAUGCCACAACAUGAUUGUAUACAGAAAUCAUCUCGACGAGAAAGUGGCUCGUCUCGCUGAGUGCGAGGAUUCUGACGGGCUUCAAGAGUACGAAAAGGCUUUACUCAACUCAAAGACGCUCGAACAUAACGAGCAAGAGUUUCUCCGUGAACUGAGAGAGGAGCAUGAUCGCUUGAGUCAGGGGGAUAAUGCUCAGCCUGCCGUGGUCCGCUUCUAUCACCAGCUGAUAGCCAAAUUCAAGACGCAUCUUGAGAACAACCGCCACCCCAUCACUCAGCCUGACCAAGGAACAACGUCGACUGGCCCCUCAACGCAACCAGGCAAAUCCAAAAAAGCCAGAAAGAAAGCUAGAAGAAGGGAACUGGGAAUUGCUUUGCAACUACGAGAAAAGAGGCGCGCCGAGAGGAAGCCCUAUGAUACGAGAGCUUCAAGGCGUCGACUGGCUGCUUCGAGCGCAGAGUCCGACCAUGACGCUGCUGCCACGGAAACGACCAAACAGUGCCAAAGCCCCACGCCACAAACAUCUCAGACACAGUCUCCAGCAGAAGAAGAAGAAGAGGCCGAUUCCGGAUCCGAGCCCAAGUCCAACUCUGGCGAGCGUGAUCUGUUAAAGAAUCUGAUUGAGCAACUCGGGAAGGAACAACAGCUUAGCCAUGAGCUUCGUUCCUCCGCAGUAACUGCCGACAUGGACAGCGCACCGAAACAAGAGGAUCCAUGGUAUAUCGGCAAAAACGCCUUCAAGCUUAUGCGCCGGCGCAGCGAGUUGGACAGGGACCUGGUACAGGAAGCAGCGAGGCAGCAUGUGACUGGUGAGCUUUGGAAGCCACGACAGGAGCUCCUCGACAGACAAGCUGCCAUUCAAAAACGGGAGGGAAGAUUUCUGAAAUCGGCAACAGAAGAACACCAAAAGGCAGCACUUCGGCUUGCUAGUAAACCCAGUGUCCAGACCAUUGGAAAUGAGUUUCGAAUUCGCAGAGUGCUAGAAACUUUCCGAGCUCACCUUGGACUGCGUUACCAGCCUGACCCAAUCGAAACCACUCGCACGCAGAAGAUUGACCCUUACGAAUUUGUUUCAUCACCGGCUCAGCCUGUCCGAAAGAAUAGCCGAAAGAGGAAAGCCAUGGAAGCGUCUGGCAGCCCCAGCAAGAAACCCAAGGUUACUAACACUUGCAAUAAUCAUGCGCAAGACGUCGAAUCAAUAGAUGAGGCAGAUCAGGAGCCUCAUGUAUCCCCAGCUGCCGAUAGCCAGGAACGAACCUGCUCAUUGCGCGACCAUAUCGAGGCGGGCGAGUUGGAAGAGCGACGUCAGCAGCUUCUCCAGAUUGUGGAGCCUUUCCUAGAUGAUUCUUACAUCGUAUAUGACGCAUCACCGCCCACAGGAAGAGCCGCCAGACGAGGAAGAAGGGUGACUGAAGAGGAGGCAAAUCUGCCGCGACUUAUGAGUGGAGCACUAUGUCCCCAAGCAGUUCUCAAGGCCGGCGGUCCCCUAGCUUUACCUACCUCCUCGAAGAAGCAACGAGAUCGGGCACGUGCAAAGAGUCCAGCACAGGAUGAGAGUGAUGCUCAUCAUUCCGAGGACGAGCCUAUAUCUUCUCCUGUGGCAAUGGACAAAUCGGGAUCUGUUCGAAGAAGCAAACGUCUUGCCGAAAGUCACGGAACCAAAACGAAAGGGAUCAACGCAAAGACACGUUCUUCAAGCCGACCUCGUUCCACGCGUCGAGCCCAAACAAGCCCUCCCGAGUCAGCUCCCGAAGAGUCUCCAACCCAGAACACACUGAAGGCUAGGCGAUUAAGCACCACGACAAGAACGCCCUCGUUGCCCCCACCACGAUGGAGGGCUGGCUCUGUCGGCCGUGACGAGGCAACACGCAUCAUUGGUCCCAAGCCGCCGAAAAUGGAGGACAUUGUCUUCAGAAGCCCAGGAAGUUUGUUCAAGAGUGAAGCACAGCAUGUCGUGCGAGAGAGUGGUGACCCCUUUACAGACCUCGUCUCACGAAAGAAGGAUCAGAAGCGAGGAGCGCGAGCCUCGUCGGAAUGGUUGGGCAUAAGUACCACACCCAUCCCUCUACCUGUGCUCCCAUACAAAUUUUCAAGCCCAGCCGUGAAAAGGAAGUUCAUGUCAAAGCCAAUUUCGACUCGAGAGCAGCUAGGAUCCUCCCCAGCCCGUUUCCUACGAGCUGGCACCGAGCCGCCCAGAUCAGACGGACCUCAGCACAGAGCAGGUUUAAUGGGCACCAAGCACACGGGCUUCGAUACUCCAUCCACGAGGUCCUCUUUAUCAUCCACGCCCUCCUCUCGAAGUCUACUUCAGCCUCUUCCCGGAAAUUUGCGAGAUGAUCGCACAGCUCUGGAGGAAGAGAAACGGCGCUGGAGGAGCAUGCUUGACCUAUGA